CCGUUGUGUGUGUCGUUUGUACGUGUGUUUGCAUAGAAAUAGAAAUUUUUGUAUAAUUGUAUGCUGCGAAAAGCCAGUUCAUUGCAGAACCAGCGUAUGUUUUCUUCCUGCAAAUGUACAAAGCUUAGCUAAGAGGGCCUUCAGAUAUAUGCAACCCCAACCUGCAGAACUAUGAAGUGCAGCUGAUGUGAGAAAAAUCCCAACCACUCUUAAUCUAGUGUGUGGGAAAAAUCGAUUCGAAAAACAAUCAAAAGAAGCAGAAAAACUUUCAAUUGUGAUAGAAAUUUGCAGUACAAAUUAGUUAAACCUAGCGUAAAUGGCAGAAAAACGAGUUUUAUAGCGAAACCUUUUUUUAACCAGAACCACGAAUCAAGCUGCCAGGCGACAACUUCUACGCAUAAAUAUUUUCAAAGUGCAAUAAAAACCAUUUGCAAAUAAAAUAAUUCAUCUCAACAUUCCUGCGCAACAGAAAACAACAACAAAAUGGCUGUAAAAAUGUACUAGGCCAGCCCUCACAAUGUCUGUCCCUGUACGCUACUCUGCUGCCGCCGAAUACGCCGCCGACGUCGUUGAUUGUGGUUUGGAGGAUACUCAAUACCAAUACCAGCAACAACAGCAACAGCUAGACCAUCAGCAGCAGCCACCUACCAACCACUACGAGCAGGAGUACCAAUACCAAUACCAGUCCCAGUACCAACAGGAGCAGGAUAUCGAGUACUAUUGCCAGUUGGAGGCGGUUGAGCGGCAGCGGCAGCAGCAGCAGUUGAUGCAGCAGAGGACAUCGAUGUCGUCGUCGGUUAUGUCAGGAUUCGCCUUGCCCCCCACCAGCAGCAGCAGCAACAACAACAUGGACGCCAACAGCAUUAACGCGAUCCUGGUCGAUGAUGAGCAACCCUCGACAUCGGCCCAGGCAGCGGCUGCAUCUGUUCUCGCCGGCAGCGUUAGUGCUGCCGGUGGUUUGGCUUCGGUUGGGGGCAAGUUGGGGAAUGUCAUGGACCACAAUGCAGAGAUGCCAACUGAUUGGAUGAGGAUUGCGGACGAGGGCCGGUACGGGACCCCGGGUGCUGCUGGCUUGGAAUAUCAGAAGUACGAUCAACAACAACAACAAGAGCAACAGCAACUGGAUCUGGAGGCCGAGGCAGGAGCAGUCGGCGGUGUUGGCAAUGAACCAACUUCCGCGAAGAAGCAGCUGGAGGACCAACUGCACGCUCUCACCUCCGACGAGCUCUACGAGACUCUCAAGGAGUACGAUGUUUUGCAGGACAAGUAUCACACAGUCCUACUGCUGCCCAAGGAGUCGAGGCGCGAGGUGACUGCCGGAGGACGUGACGGCUCUGCGUACGUGCUACGCUGCCUGAAGAUGUGGUAUGAGCUGCCAUCUGAUGUCCUGUUCUCGGCUAUGAGCCUGGUGGAUCGCUUUUUGGACCGCAUGGCUGUCAAGCCCAAGCACAUGGCCUGCAUGAGCGUGGCCUCCUUCCAUUUGGCCAUCAAGCAGCUGGACUUGAAGCCCAUACCUGCCGAGGAUCUGGUUACAAUAUCUCAGUGUGGUUGUACCGCUGGCGAUCUGGAACGCAUGGCUGGCGUGAUUGCCAACAAGCUGGGUGUCCAGAUGGGACAUGCACCGAUCACAUCCGUAAGCUACCUGCGCAUCUACUAUGCCCUCUUCCGCAAUCUGGCGAAGGAGAUUGGCGGCGAUUUCUUCAAGUUCUUCCAGCAGCUGAUUAAGCUGGAGGAGCUCGAGAACCGUCUGGAGAUCCUGUUGUGCGACGUGAAGACCACCGUCAUUACGCCCUCAACUUUGGCUCUGGUGCUCAUCUGCCUGCAUCUGGACUUCCACAUCAAGGAGUCGUAUACCCGCGGCAGUCCCGAAUUGAAGCACGUCUUUGAGUAUAUUCUCUUCCUGCAGCAAUACAUGAGGAUUCCCGAUCGCGUUUUCACCUGCGGCUUUAGCAUUGUUUCGGGCAUUCUGUCCCAUUACAAUGGUCAGAACAAGGCGCCCUACAAGCAACGGCUUGUCUGGAAGUUGUCCAGUCGCACGCUGCGCGUCUUGCGCCCAAUCAAUCGUUUCUCCUCCGACCUGCCCACCAUUGAGGAAGGCAUUUCCAAUGCCCUUGACGAUGGCCUGCGUUCAAGAACCGAGAGUAUUAGCUCUGAGGAGGAGGAAGAUUGGCCAACUUCACCCAUAAUUCCAAUAUUCGAACAAUGUUAGUAUCCAGCCACUCAGCAGCACCCCACACUGCAAGAUAACAGCUGGAGCAGGAUUAAGCCACGAAACGGAGACGACGGAAACGCACUCGACGGGCACAUCACACACAGAGACACAGACAUCAAAUGGAGCCGCCAUCUUCCUGGAAUGCAAGGCAGCGGCAGGAGCUGCAGCAGCAAAACACACAAACAUAUCCCACUGCAUUGGAAAAGCGAACAAAGGAUAAGCUGCAGCAGCAACAACAACAACCAACUGCUGUUGCAUUUGCGUGUGUGUGGUGUGUGUACCGUCAGUGUGUUGUGGAUUGGAUUGAGUGAGCGUUUCGUGUGCGUGCGUGCAUAGAGAGAGAGAAGAGAGGUGAUUGAGAGAGUGUGUGUAUAUUUUGCUAAACUGCAUCAUAAUUCUUUUGGCAUACACAUAUAUAUUAUUACCGCUGGUUCUAACAUUUAAGAAACAAUUGAGUUUUAGGCGAAGCCAAAAAAGGAGAGAGGCAGCAAAGUAGCACCCCCCAUGUCUCCCCUUUUGCCAGAACAGGUUGCCAGAGAAGCGUCACUAGGCGCGCCCGUUAGAGAGGCAACCAUUUUUUCAAUUUAUUUGCGGCAGACAAAAAAAUACGUGAAAAAAAAUCAAAAGCAAAAAAAAAAAUUACAAAAAAAACAAAACAAAAACGAAUGCUGCGGACCAUCAUACAAAAGAUUGAUGCCGUUCCGGAUCAUUAUUUGAGAUCAGAGAGAAGGAGGAAACGAUUGCAGAGUUGCCAGCCCCAAAAAAACACAAAACCAGACUCUGGAAUGGGAAUGCAAUUUUUUGGUGGUAACCGCAAAAAAAAAUAUAUCAAAAAACAAAACAUUACAAAAAAACAUCAAAAUCAUCAAACACACAAAAAACCAAUUAGUUUUAAAAACUUUAUGUUCUCCCCAUGUUUGUGCUGCUCUUAUCAGUUCUGUUAUAAAAUCCCAACCCCCAAUCAAAGGACCCACAAAAAUACAAACAAAAAAAUCAUAAAAUCUUAAAAAAAAAGUACAAAAAUUCUCUACGUAUAGACAGACCUAAACUUUAAGGUAGCAGAAAACAGAAACCGAUCAGAUGCGAUAUCCAUAAUUUUAGCCGCGCUCAAAAAAACAAAAAAGAUGAAAGAAAAACUAUACAAAAACAUAAUUCGCCGCCUAUAUCAACUAAGAACUCUUAACAAUAACAAUACCAAUUAAAUUAAAUCAAUUAUGCAAGGAGAAAAUCCACGAUAUUGUACCAGUAGUGUGUGUCUAGUAGAUUUUUCUCUGUAUAACAAAAAAGAAACAAACAAAACCAAACAAAAACCAUUUGCCGCCCGAAAAGAAAACUGAAAAUCUUUCAUUAUCAUGGUGGAAUCAACAAUUAUUAGACAGCUUCAAACAAUCAAUCAAAACAAUUGAUGCUUGGAAAUGAGUAUAAACACGGUGAUCCUUUUUUUAUAUUUUACUCCUCCCCUACACAACCGUAUACACUUUCUUUUUUGUUAUAUAAUAUUAUUUAAUUUAUUAAACGAUAUGUAAAAAAAAAACCAUACAAAAAACAAGACCAACAAACAUAUGUUGUAGUACAUUAAAUAUCAACUAAAUCCUAGUUUACGUAAACCAGCAAAAAAUUCGAACCGCAACAAAAACCGAAAUUCAAAUUAAGAUUGAAGCGCGGCGAACUUUAAGCAGAAAUUAUGAUGCAUUAUUUAGCAAGAUGUACAGAGAGACAGCGAGAGAUAUGUGUAGAAGGAAGAGUAGAAAGGAGAGAAACGUGUGUGGAGAGCAUAGACAGACAUAAAUGAAAAGAAAAACUACCGCAAAUGGAGAAAAAGUUGAUCAGAGAAACAUAAAAACAAUUUUCAAAUUUUACAAAUUCUUUUUUUUAAACAUCUUUCCCCCGAUAAAGGGACUCACACAUAGAUUUAUGUGCCUGCGAUCCUUGGAUCGACACUAUUUCUGUAAAUUUAAAUAAAAUGCGAUUGCCACUGUGUCCUCCACAGUGGUAGACACUUUUCAAUGAGUAUUUACAACAAAA